GUCUGAAUGAAGGGCGCCUGGAAACAGACGACACACAUUACAGUGUGCGCUGCGUGCUCGCGCUCAAACCGUGCAGAGAGAGAGACGCGAUUCCGCAAGCGCUCCGAGACGGACGACGCAGCGACGCUGUGCUCCACACAGAUACCUAUAACCUGGGGGAAAAGUUUAUACGCGCAGAUCCAGACAUCCUCCGUGCGUGAGAUACGCAUUCAAGGACACUGAGGAAGCCAUGGAAAGUUAACAUCUCGAGGAUUUUCUGCUAUGAUCCCAAACCCUGAGUUUCUGAUGGACUUUGGAGCAACUUGGUGAUCGCAAGAGUUUUUCAGUGACUUUUAAAAGACAAAAACGCGCACAGUCCACGAUUAGACUGCUCUUUUUUGGGGGCUGUGGAAGGAUUGUUUGGGGACUUGUAUGCACGUAUUGCAGGUUGAUGGUGCUAACAUGCUCGCCUGCAUGCUGGAGUGAGUUGGUGUUGAAGAAAAACCCGACGCGAGCAACAGCUGGAAAGGAUUUUCCUCCCGUGUAAUUGGGUGAAAGUCGGUGGUGGACUAAACAGGCCUGGGUUUCAGGUUUUUUUUUUUUUACCACAAUUACAAAAAAAAGUACAACGCAUUGUCUUCAACUUUUCUUCCGAUUGUCCAGUAACGACGGCUUUGGCCAGAAUGCCGCGGUGUGCGGAACGUGUGCGCUUCUUCCUCGCGACUUUGUGCCUUUUGUGCUUCAGCCCGAGCGGCGCUCAGUACCAUGGUGAGAAGGGCAUCUCGAUCCCGGAGCACGGAUUCUGCCAGCCCAUCUCCAUUCCUCUGUGCACGGACAUUGCGUACAAUCAGACCAUCAUGCCCAACCUUCUGGGUCACACCAACCAGGAGGACGCAGGGCUGGAGGUGCACCAGUUCUACCCGCUGGUGAAAGUGCAGUGCUCGGCUGACCUCAAGUUCUUCCUGUGCUCCAUGUACGCGCCCGUGUGCACGGUGCUGGAGCAGGCCAUCCCGCCGUGUCGCUCUCUGUGCGAGCGGGCCAGGCAGGGCUGUGAGGCGCUCAUGAACAAGUUCGGCUUCCAGUGGCCCGAGCGCCUGCGCUGCGAGAACUUCCCGGUACACGGCGCGGGUGAGAUCUGCGUGGGCCAGAACACGUCAGAGGCCGGAAGUCCGACGUCCGACCCGACACCGUACGUGCCCGACCUGAUCACACUGCCGCCCAAUGCAGGUAGAAACCCUCAGCAGUUCACUUGCCCGCUGCAGCUCAAAGUGCCCUCGUACCUCAACUACUACUUCAUGGGCGAGAAGGACUGCGGCGCGCCGUGUGAGCCCUCCAAGCCCAACGGGCUCAUGUACUUCCGGGAAGAAGAGGUGAAGUUUGGACGCCUCUGGGUGGGCAUCUGGUCCAUUCUGUGCUGCGUGAGCACCCUCUUCACUGUGCUCACCUAUCUGGUGGACAUGAGGCGAUUCCGCUAUCCGGAGAGGCCCAUCAUCUUCCUGUCCGGCUGCUAUUUCAUGGUGGCCGUGGCCUACGCAGCGGGCUUCUUCCUUGAGGACAAAGUGGUUUGCAUCGACAAAUUCAACGAGGAUGGUUACAAGACGGUGGCGCAGGGUACAAAGAAGGAAGGAUGCACCAUCCUCUUCAUGAUCCUCUACUUCUUCGGCAUGGCGAGCUCCAUCUGGUGGGUCAUCCUGUCCCUCACGUGGUUCCUCUCAGCCGGCAUGAAGUGGGGCCACGAGGCCAUCGAGGCCAACUCGCAGUACUUCCAUCUGGCAGCGUGGGCCGUUCCUGCGGUCAAGACCAUCACUAUCCUCGCCAUGGGUCAGGUGGACGGAGACCUGCUGACGGGCGUGUGCUAUGUGGGCAUAUACAGCGUGGCGUCUCUGCGGGGCUUCGUCCUGGCGCCGCUCUUCGUUUACCUCUUCAUCGGCACGUCGUUCCUUCUAGCAGGCUUCGUGUCGCUCUUCCGUAUCCGCACCAUCAUGAAGCACGACGGCACGAAGACUGAGAAGCUGGAGAAGCUCAUGGUGCGCAUCGGGGUGUUCAGCGUGCUCUACACUGUGCCCGCUACCAUCGUGAUCGCCUGCUACUUCUACGAGCAGGCUUUCCGCGAGCACUGGGAAAAGACGUGGCACAUGCAGACGUGCAAGCGCUUCGCUGUGCCCUGCCCGGCCGGCAACUUCGCGCCCAUGUCGCCCGACUUCACCGUGUUCAUGAUCAAGUACCUGAUGACCAUGAUCGUGGGUAUCACGUCCGGAUUCUGGAUCUGGUCCGGCAAAACGCUGCAGUCGUGGCGCAGGUUUUAUAAAAGACUCAGUAACAGUAACCAGGGCGAGACGACUGUAUGAAAACAGGACACGACCCUUAGAGUGAAACACAAGACUAAAAUUUUGAGGAAAUUGGUUUGCCGAGCCUGGACGACACUUUUUUUUUUUUUUUUUGAAUUAUUAUUAUUUUUAAAUUUCUGAGACCUUUUCUUUUAAACGAGCCCAAACACAAAGCUGAAGCGUUGUGUGCUUAAUAACCAUGCUUUCCAGCAAAGCCGCUUUGGCUUCUGGAGAAAUUCAAUUGUAUGGACACUUAAAAAAAAAAAAGUGCCAGCAUGUUUCCCCAAACUUAUGGCUCACUCGCCUUUGUUUCCUUCAUGUGAAAGAAAGAUUUGGACUUUGCCUCUAUGUACCAGUAUAUUUUACACAUGUGAUCUGCACAUUUAAGGCCUACAUUUCAGCAUAGUACAUGUAGCGCGCAUUACUGUGGAAUCGUGAUUUUUUUUUUAACCCACGAAUAUUGACCAUGUUUUGCUUUUCAGAUGUAUCCUCUCUCGUCUUCUAUGGACUUGUAUGACUUUCAGAGCCACCCGCUGACAAUCAUGCAUCGUUCAUGUGGCACAAAAGCGCGUUGGGUUUGGGGUUGGAGAGCUACAUGCAUGUGUCCAGCUGGGAAAUUAUGCAAGCUCCUUUAAAACUGCGUAACUUGUAAAUAAUCACCCUUUCUUAAAGAAUAUAUGUAUUUAUGAAGAUAAUCUUGUUGUUUUUUACUUGAUUUUUUUUAAAACAGAAAAUUGGUAAGAGGACAUUUGUAUAUGUACAGUUUCACUGAAUAAAACGAUUAGAUUUUUAAUGA